AUGCGUAUUUAGCCAACUUCUCAACUCUCUCUCUCUCUCGUCUCUUUUCUUUUCUCUCUCUCUCUCUCUGCUAUGGAAACCCAAAUCCUCUUCUCUCUCUCUUUGAAUUCUUUUGCUUGAUUAAUCUGCUUUUGGCUAUCGAUUGAUGACACUAAACCCCAUCUGGAAGCCAAGGAGGAAGACAAGACGAAGAGGAGAAGGGUAAAAGCGUCACUGUUGCUCUUUUUUUCUUAGCUGCUUGCUUGCUCUCUCUCAUGGAGGUCUUGGUGGGUCCCACCUUCAGCAUCGAUGUCUCUUCUUCCCCACCGUUCGUCGACCCUUCUUCUCAAGAUAAUCACCAUGGUUCUGCGACUUCUUGCAUCUUCUUUAACGAGGACGAUGGCGGUGGAAGUGAGAGCUUGAUUUCUAGUGGGAUCCGGCUUGAAAAAUCGCUGGAUGAUUCCUCAGAUAGUUCGUCAUCGAUUGGAGCUCCGGAUGAUAGUGGAGAAGAAAGAGAGGAGGAGGUCGACAGCUCCGUUAAAGGAGCGUUGGCUUCUUUAGAUACUAUGGAAGAUUCUCUUCCUAUCAAGAGGGGAUUAUCGAAUCAUUUCUCUGGGAAGUCCAAGUCAUUUGCAAAUCUAUCAGAUAUGGGCAGUGUAAAUAGAGUGAAAGAUCUGGAGAAACCAGAGAACCCUUUCAAUAAGAGGAGGAGACUAAUCAUAGCAAACAAGUGGUCUAGAAAAUCCUCCUUCUACAGUUGGCCAAACCCAAAAUCUAUGCCUCUUCUUGCCUUGAACGAAGAAGAAGACGCUGCUGAUGAUGAACAAGAAGAAAACCAACAAGCAAGCCCAUCAUCAUCAUCAGAACAAGAAGGCCAAAAUCAGCAGCGCAUAGCAGGAAGACUCACAAAACUACAGGAGAGGAAGUUCAAGACUAGUUUCAAAUCUCAAAGCUGUUUCUCUCUUACAGAUCUGCAAGAACAAGAAUAUCAAUAACAACCUUCUUUCUUUUAGUUUCGUUUUUUUUUUUGUUUAUCCAGUUGAUGGAAAAGUUUCAACUUAUGAAUAAAUAAUUAUAUCUUCAAUCCAA